AUGACGAACCCUCACGGCCUGAACACGGUGCCGGUUGGGCAUCUGGUCAGCUUGGCCUACCGACUGGCCGGCCGCAUCUGGAGUGGGAGUGAGAUGUACUUAAUGGGCCCACCUGGCUACAUCUUCGUGUCGAACAUCGAUGUCGACGCGGAGUCGACAGGUGUGGAGAUGACGCUGCCCAUCGGCGUGCCGGUGAUCAACUCCGCACGGCCCCACGAGGUCAUGCUGCCUAUCACUGACAAUGUCAUCGAGGGGGUGCUGUAUGGAUUCCGUGCAAAGAUCCAGAAUGCGCUGGUGUCACCCAGCUCCCAGGAGGAGCCGACGCCGAACCGCUGGACCAUGCUCGUUACAGCCUCCGGAGCGGCCCUGGGGGGUCACGUGGAGGCUGGGACUUUCACGGGAGGGGCCUUGGAAGUCCUCCGCGCCUGCGACGUGGCCGCGGCUACCCAGGUCUUCCUCGCGGAGAAUCAGGUCACGGUCUCGUUCCUGGUGGCCAGCAGCUUCUACACCAGCGAGACUUCUGUGGGAAGCAUCCACGUCACAGCCCCGCUCGGCUUCAGCUUUCCCACGGUCUGCCAGGUGCAGGAUGCCAUUCCGUCUUUGGAGACGGCCUCCUCGGCCCGCAUCAUCACUUCCCUGACCUACUCCUCUUGCGAGGGCUUCGUGAACACCGCGGUGAUCCGGCUCGCAAUUGCAACGGCCGUGCCGCGCGGGAGCCAGGUGCGGCUACGCCUUGGGCUCACAAACCCGGCCCAGCUACCGUCGGAGGAACGGUGGAACGUUGCCACCUUCCAGGGCUUCGCGAAGCUGGAGGAGUGCGAGACUACGGUUGUGACCUUUCAGCUGUUGCAAGCCCUGAACCAGGCGCUGGUGUCUCGAAGUGCCACAGGGCAAGACCUCCGGCCCGGCUCCCUCAGCGUCUACGAGUUCUUUUUUGCGUACCCGGAACGCACCGCGGAUGAGGCAGCCAACGUGGGGUCUGGCCUCGUUACCCGGAGCGAGGUGCGUAUCACUUUGCCGCCUGGAUUCCACGCUCCGCCGGACUGCCUCUCAGGCGCCAGCAGCACCAGCAGCUCCAUCAUCGCCGGGAACACGGCUGCCAAACUGCCUGACUUCGUCGCUUGCACGGGUUCCGGUCGGAUUCUUACGGCCACCUUGAGGAGCCUCAUCAGCCCGCUGGUGACGUAUCGGAUGAGCAUCACCGUUCAGAACCCGCCGGCGGACUUCGAGUACUCCUCCCAGGAUUCCCGAUGGCAGCUGCAAGUGGACUCGGCUGCUGCUGGCGGCCUCGAAGGUCCCGCGCUGCGCACGCUGAGAGAGGUGCAGCUUCUGCCGGGCAACGUUCACGAAGACAGCACCGGAUUCUGCAUGAUCCACUUCCGGACAGCAUCAGAGGUGCCUGCUUUGGGCUCCGUUUACGUCCAAGUGCCCUGGGCCUUAGAUCCCAACUGCACUGGCGGCCUCUACGACGCGCAGUCCAACGAGCUGGGGGGCAAUCAAGUGGCGCAGGGAACGCUGUGCACGGUGCAGCGGGCUGAGCUCCCUGGGCAGCCGCAUGGCUUAGUGCUAGGUCCGUUGACGAGCCCUCUUUCCAGCAACACAGCCUACCUCCUGGCUUUUGGACUGCGCACCAGCGGCCCAACACAAGACACCUCGCCCACAUGGAUCGUGAAGACACGUUCUCCAGACGGCGAAAGCAUCGACACAUCACGGCCUAUGGCCACGUUUCAAGUUCGCCGCCUCCUCGGCUCCAUGUCCUUCACGUCCCCGGCGCUGACGUCACCACCUGGCCAGGCCUAUCCUGUGGAUGUGGACUUCACCCUUGCUGUGGCAGUCAGAUCGGGAGCAUUGGUGCUGUACCCUCCGCCCUUCGUCAGCGCGGUGUGCGAGAGCCCGCAGCUUCUCGCCACCUACACCCUGCCGCAGGGCACCACGUGCCAGAUCCAGGGUUCCCCAACGGGGUGGAGGAGCUUUCGCCUGAUCCUCUGGAGCUCCGCCUCGCCAUGGUCCGCCAGCCGUCCCUACCACUUCCGCGUCCUGGCGGAUGCUCAGGAGCUCCCCUUCUUCCGCCGCAGUUGGACUGUCCAGCUGUUUGCGGGCGCCAUGCAGAGUUCUCAGGAGACCCUCACCAGCAGCUUCGGUGCUUUGGACGCGCUGCCGGGCUUCGUAGUGGGAUCCCUCUCAGUGGAGCAGUGGCGGUGGCGCGGGUGGCUCGCAGACCUCGUGGUCGCGUGCCAGAACCCUGCCCAGGGCGCACGCAGCCAGGUGAGUGUGGAGUUUGUCGGCCCGGAGCUCGCCUCUGGAGACGAGGUCUGGAUCCGGGCCCCUCCAGGCAUCCUCCUGCAUCCUUUCUCCUGCUACGUGCAGGGCUCCAACGGGGCGCUGGUACCAGCCCCUUGCGAGGUGCCCGAGCCCGCCGUCGAGCCUUGCUUCCCCCACGUCUACGAGACCCGGCCCUGCGCCGAUGCGGCGCCUGGCCUUCAGCCCGAGGACGCUGGCUUCUCCCACCGGCAGGGAAUGAAGCUCAGCCUCGGAAGCACCGCUGCCGGGACAGUCCGGAUCCUCCUCGAGGCGACGGCCCUGGUCGCUGCCCAGGCGGCCCAGGAGACGGCGGUUGGCACUGCGGACGGGUUCUCCGUUUGGCAUUGGAUGGAGGUCCUUGCCUUCCGUCCUUCCGGGCUCCUCCCCGAGGAGACGGCAACCGUGUCCCUGGCGUGGUGGAUGCUGUCGCCUCUUGCGGCGGGGGGCAGCCUUCGCGUGCGGCCUCCCAGCGACGGGCUCGGAUCCUUCGACCUCGCCAACGCCCUCGACAGGUUCUCCUGGGGAAACCUGCCUCGCAGCAGCUCAGCUGCUGAGUCGGUGCAGGCAAGCGCAACGAUGCUCCAAGUGGCGUUGUGCUGUGAGCUGCUGAGCAGACGAAGCUAUCACUUCGAGUUUGGCGUCCGCCACCCGACCGCAGCGAGGAUGCCGGAUCCCGCCCAGCCCGAACUCAACAUCUGGAUCUUCGAUACUCUGAUGAAGGAUGGAGCUGUGAAGCACUACGGCCAAAUUCGUGGCUACAGGAUCUUCCGCCCCUUUGCACGGGCCAGCGUCGAGCUGGAAAGUGAGCUGGUGGUGGGCGGCGUGGGUCAAGGGCUGCAGGAGCGUACCAUCUCCCUCAGCUUUUCGCUGCCUUUCGCGACCGCCUUGCACAGCAGGUGCCAACUCCGGCUGCUGGCCCCGCGCGGGUGGCAGUUCCCCGACACUUGUGAGCUGAGCCUGCAGCUGGGGGCCUUCACCAGCGUGGCGAGCUGCACAGCCUCACAGAACAUGCUGAGCCUCCUCAUCUCUGGCAGCAUCAAUCCGGGCAUCGAGAGCAGGUCGUUUGGGAUUCAGGUGGCCGUGAGGCCCCCGGUCAGCGUGGCCAUCCACGACUUCUGGUUCUUGGAGGCCUACGGUGCCGUCGGCACACCGGACACGCUGGUCGAUCCCAACAGGUACGAGAGCCUGGACUUUGCGCUCGAGCCCCGACUGGCUCUGGCCGUGCUGAGCACUGCACGCGAGGAAGGGGCUGACGGAAGGACAGUGGCCCAGGUGCAGCUCUCGGCCCAACCUCCCGAGUCGCGGCGGACGUGGAGGCUCGCUACCUCCAUGGUGGCAGCGCUGAGCUUCUCUCUGCCGGCCGUCCCUUCGCGAUUGGUCAACGCCUCCCUGCGGGUCUCCGUGGAGAUCGACUGGGUGAUCCUGAGGUGUUCCCUUCCGCCCCGGCCGUUUCAUGCUGGCAGCCUCCCCCCAGGAGCGCAGUGCGUCGAUUCCUUGAGUUCCGUGGCAGCGCGGCAGCUGCGGCAGACGGAGGCGGUGAUCAGCAUCGAUGACCUGAUCCCUCUCAGGGCAGGUAUCUACAACUUCUCCCUGCUCCUCGUUACGAGCUCGGAAACGCCGCACAUCGAUGCGUUUGCCUGGCCCCGUGGGAGCUCUUGGUCACUCAGCCUGGGAUCUGGAUCUUUGGACUUCAGGACGACCAUCACCGCCGCCCCGGCCUUUGAGGGCGCCAACCUCCCGGCCCUGCCGCUCCCGGACCUGGGCGUGACGACGACCACAUCUCUCACCAACGACUUGGCGACGAUCUAUCUCCUGGUUUCCGUGCCGAUGAGAGUUGCCUUGCCCAUGUCCUUCGAGAUCCGGCCGCCUCAGGGUUUCCGCUUCGACACGGCACCGUCACCACUGCACCCAGCUCUCCUGGAGACUGCUUUCAGCAAUCCUUUCCAUUCAGAGCGGAACUGGCAACCUGGGCGGCAGAGUGUUCAGGACCCUGAGCGGGUCCCCUGCCCUUUCUUUGAGCUGAUGAUCGAGGAUCCUCCCUACCGGGACCUCUCUACAAGGGUCAGCGGCCGAGAGAGCCUCUGCGCCUCGCUGGAGGGCGACCUGAGCGCCUCGGUUUUUGCGGCGUGUGCACCGGACCGCUACACAUCGCUGCCGCGAGCACAGGUCACCUGUUAUGUGGUUCAAGGCAAGGUGGUGAUGGACAUGGAGCCCGAAGGCGCCCACUGCCAGAGCUGCGCGCAGAGGGCCUGGCUGCGCCCCGGGCAGUAUCAGCUGGUCCUGCGCGGGUUUAACCCGCCAGUCGUCCCGAUGGUCUAUGAGGAGGAGCUGCCGCAACACUCCUGGAGGGUCACGCUUUUGCGCCGUGGCGCGAGCCGCGUGCCAGGCUUGAACGCGACUUUCUCUCCUGUUGCCUUUGGCAGCGUUCCUAACUUUGCCCUGGAUGAAAGCGCGAGUGGUACCAGCAUCUGGCGAGGGCGCACGUUUCCGCAGGAGGUGGACCAAGUGGGCCCCGCCGUGGUGGCAGAUGAUCGCCUGAGCUCUACAAGGUACAUCGACCUCACGUGA